AUGGAGUAUUAUGGGUGGGUAUGGGGAGGAGGGGGGGGAGGGUGUGGAGGAUGGGGGGGGUUAGGGGGUGGAGAGGUAAGGGGGGGGGUGGGAUUGGGGGGGGGGGUUGGAAGAGGUGUGGUAGGAGGGGGGGUAAGUGGAGUGUAUUGUUGUUUGGGGUGGGUGGGGGGUGGGGUGGGGGAGAUGAGGAGAGAGUGGAAUGGGGUGCUGUAUGUUUCUGCGAGGCUGGGGAAGCUAUCGGACCAGGGUGUAAUCAGGAUGCGAUCCUUGAUUGAGCAGCCGCUGAGGCGUCUGCGGUCCCGGCAAGACCCUUCGCUACUGGACAACGGAGCGAACGGGCCGGGGGAUCUCGCUGAAGAAGAGCAGUGCAAACAGUCGGGUUCGGGGGUCAAGCCCACUUUACAACAAUUCCUGGAUCUAGAAUAG